CGGCCAUGAGGACCGAGAUCUCCACGGCGGCGGCGUUCGUCACCCGCCUCCUGCGGGCCGCCGGCGGUAUCGGCGAGGAGCAGCUGCGGUGCUUCCGGGAGUGCCUGCAGGAGGCGCUGCGCGAGCACUACAAGCACCACUGGUUCCCCCUGGUGCCCUCCAAGGGCUCCGGGUACCGGUGCAUUAGGAUCAACCAUAAGAUGGACCCCUUGAUAGGAAAGGCAGCGGGGAUGAUUGGACUGAGCCACGAGAGACUCUUCCAGCUCUUACCCAGCGAAUUAACUCUUUGGGUCGACCCUUUCGAAGUGUCCUAUCGCAUAGGUGAAGAUGGGUCUAUCUGUGUCCUUUACGAAAGUCCCCAGCCUGGUGGGAAGACGACCAAACCGCUGGAGAGCAGGACCAGCUGUAAGGAGGAGUGGAGAAUUGGCAGAUCCAGCCCUUCCAAGAAUUACAACAUGAUGACAGUUUCUAGUUAAAAAUUACUAUUCCUUGUACAAUGAUGUAUGUAUCCCAAUCUCAUGGUAAACUUAGACGUAACUGAGAUUUUUGGGUUUUAAUUAUUUUUUUCACCCUAUAGUCAUUAAAGUUGUAGUAGUACUGCCAAGUUCUUUGUGGCCAAGGGCUAAUGUAUAAAGCAGUUCUUUACACUGCAUGUUACUUUCUGGAUUGUGUACUGUAAAUGUACUGUACAGUCAGUUGAUUGUUUUACACAUUUAUAUUUUCAAAGAAGUUUUGCCUAUUUGUAAUAAAAAGCAAUAUUGUAGCACUCUUUAUGAUGGAUUUUAGUCAAGAUUAACACUUGCUAAAACUUUCCUCAAUUUGCAGAGCAAUAACACAAAGGGGGGUGGGAAACAGAUCUAACAAGCUGCACAUAAAUCUUUCCAGUGAUUUGUCUGCACAGACUUCUCUCAGGGUCAUUCAAGUUUGGCUGCAAGGCACAAAUCACAAAAAUAGCUCUUUAUUUUUCCUUUUUCAAAUUAUGUGUGUAUUUGAGGGCUGGAUUCCAUCAUGCCCCAACAUUUUGACAAAAAGAGUUGGGGAAUUAGUUUGUCUUGUUAUUGGAGUAGAACAAUAAAGACUUGCUCAAACUGCUUUUGA